AUGAUUCUCUUUGCCUUUGAUUUAAUUCUUGUUUGUUCUUGUUCAUGUAGAGAAAUUAGAUUUGAAACGUAAUAGAGGUGUGCAGAAACUUGAAUGUUCUGAAAUUAAUUAAAGACAAGUCACUUGAGGAACAAAACAAAUAUGUAAAUACACUUGCAGUUUUUACUGACAACGUGUUUUCUGUACGAAGUUUAUCGAGUUUCUUAGUGAAGUAAUAUAUCGAACAGAGACUGUAUCGAAGAAAGUGCCUUCGUGUUACAUUGUCAUUGCACAAUAUGCUUCUAGAGUGUACGGAUAGCUGAACAAUGCAAUUUUAUUCGUUACUAAAUAUGAGUGGUUUUCUAUCAACGCAUCACUUUUUAAGAAAUGAAGAUGAGAGUACUAGGCAGGAUGCAAAAAUUGAUUUUCUAUCUGGUUACUUAAUUUUGUUAUGGGUAAUUUUUUAUUUGAUUUACAAAAAGUGCCUUAAUAUGUUACUUCGCCGUAUGUGCAUUCCUCUGAUGCAAAGAAAUCGAAUAAUCAGUGGAAUAUGGAAUUGUGGCUUUUGCUUCAGCAGUAUAUGUUAUUUGAAGUUUCCAAUGUCAAGAACCUCAACAUUGUCUUCCCUUCGGUUUGAUAGUCAGUGGCAGGAAUUAGGCUCUACCUUUCAUAAAAGCUUUUAUAUUCAUCAUGCAGGAGUGGAAUUAUUUUGUAACGGUGACUGGAUGAAGGGAUGGACCCAAUUACUGUUUGCUCUGUUUAUUAUUAAACCCUAUCUACAAAAGCCAUACCCUAUUGUUGCCAAUCUGUUACUUCACAAAGCCAUUGAUAUCCUGACAGUUGAUAGUUGCCGAAUUAUUCUUUCUGGUUGGCAAAAAAAAACUGGGAAAAUUAUUACAAAACUACUGUUCCUAUUUCAUUGCAUUAAUUGGAUGUAUUUGUACAUACUUCUGAUUCCUGGUUUCUUACUCGGGUCACAUGUUACAUCAAGAAUAGAGUUUUUCUUCUGGAUGUGGUUCAUGUUGGAGAUACUGAAUUCAGUAAUAAUAAAACUUUUUGGGAGUAUGAGUUCAAAUCAUUGGUUGGAGUGUUGCAUUUUUCCACCUCCUUCUCAAGAAGUCAUGCAGUUAGCAAGUAUCCGGAAACGGCAUCAGAAUUCGUUGAAAAGUAACACUUGCCCAAUGUCCUCAAGGAAUAAGAUUCAACUUCAACAAAUGUUGCAUUGUGCAAUGGCUAUUAAAAGGAAAGUAAAGAAACUACGCGAAGCAAAACAUCAAAUCAACACACUUCAGUCACCUGAAGAAGAUUCAAUAACAAUCAGUGAUGGUAAUAACGAAGAAAAAGUAUCACUAAGUGAGUCCGAGUGAUAUUUUGUUUAUGAGAAUCCUCAUAAACGUUAAUUUUUUAUACUCGUCGAAUUCUAGUCAACUUGAAGCUGUCACGACUCUUAAUAACUAGUAACAAACCAUCGAAAAAGAUUUUGCAAUCUGGAAAUGAGCUUUUCAUUCCGCAUAGACAUCGAGAAUAUCAAAGCCAUUUAUUAACCGGUUGCGUCCAGCGGCUGGAAGUAACAAUGCAAGUGCAUCGUACUCGGAAGUUUGAUGCAUUUCGUUCAAUCGAACAAUGCAUAUUUCUCAUUCCAACUUUUUCCACGAACAAUGUAGGACCCAUGGGACUGUCGCUAAAAUGGGCCCAUGUCACACAAUGUCGCAGGCGUUUUCUCCGGGAGGCCAUUUCCGUAAUCAUCGAAUUGGAUGUUAUAAUGUGUCAUGCAAACAACGUGGAAGAAAUUGGCUGGAAACUGUUCCCCAAAAUGGCCUCCCGAAGAAUAGCUUCGUUAGAAGCAUUAUGCAACUUUAUACCGACUGUCAUUUACGUCACAAAUGCGUGUUCAGUUCCUUUACAUAGACGUGUGGCAGAAAGAUCUCAUGAUUUCUACCUACGGUUGGAACAACUUUGUGGAAUGUACCUGUCUCGCAGUAUCUCGUCUAUGGUGUCGCAAUGCGAUUCUAAUUGGUGAUUGCUAAUGCUAGGCGUGUUAUUUUUUCCCCGUCCACGCACAUAAGUUCCCAAGGAGUUACGAAAUUAAUUCCCACGACACGCUAUCUUUCAUCUCACUUUUUAUUUCGAUACACAAACGUAUGCUAUCACUAAUUUAUGUAACGGCGUAUGUACAUAUCAAACGAAAAUACAUCCCGAGGUUUCCUAUUA